AGAAGCGGCGGCGGCGGCGGCCGCGGCGGCUGCAGCCCCGGGGAGGGGGCCGGAGUCGCCUGUCACCAUUUCCAGGGCUGGGGCCGCCGGAGAGUUGGUCUCUCCCCUCCUACUGCCUCCAACACGGCGGCGGCGGCGGCGGCACGUCCAGGGACCCGGGCCGGCUCUAAACCUCCCCUCCGCCGCCGCCGCACCCCCCCCGGCCCGGGCUCCGGAGGCCGCCGGCGGAGGCAGCCGUCCCGAGGAUCACCCGUCGUCUCCCCGUCCCGCGGCCGCCGCGGCCAGGCCUCUGGCUGCUGAGGAGAAGCAGGCCCCGUCGCUGCAACCAUCCAGCAGCCGCCGCAGCAGCCAUUACCCGGCUGCGGUCCAGAGCCAGGCGGCGGCAGAGCGAGGGGCAUCCGCCACCGCCAAGUCCAGAGCCAUUUCCAUCCUGCAGAAGAAGCCCCGCCACCAGCCGCUUCUGCCAUCUCUCUCCUCCUUUUUCUUCAGCCACAGGCUCCCAGACAUGACAGCCAUCAUCAAAGAGAUCGUUAGCAGAAACAAAAGGAGAUAUCAGGAGGAUGGAUUCGACUUAGACUUGACCUAUAUUUAUCCAAACAUUAUUGCUAUGGGGUUUCCUGCAGAAAGACUUGAAGGCGUAUACAGGAACAAUAUUGAUGAUGUAGUAAGGUGUGCUGAAAGACAUUAUGAUACCGCCAAAUUUAACUGCAGAGUUGCACAGUAUCCUUUUGAAGACCAUAACCCACCGCAGCUGGAACUUAUCAAACCCUUUUGUGAAGAUCUUGACCAAUGGCUCAGUGAAGAUGACAAUCAUGUUGCAGCAAUUCACUGUAAAGCUGGAAAGGGACGAACUGGUGUAAUGAUUUGUGCAUAUUUAUUGCAUCGGGGCAAAUUUUUAAAGGCACAAGAGGCCCUAGAUUUCUAUGGGGAAGUAAGGACCAGAGACAAAAAGGGAGUAACUAUUCCCAGUCAGAGGCGCUAUGUUUAUUAUUAUAGCUACCUGUUAAAGAAUCAUCUGGAUUAUAGACCAGUGGCACUGUUGUUUCACAAGAUGAUGUUUGAAACUAUUCCAAUGUUCAGUGGCGGAACUUGCAAUCCUCAGUUUGUGGUCUGCCAGCUCAAGGUGAAGAUCUAUUCCUCCAAUUCGGGACCCACACGACGGGAAGACAAGUUCAUGUACUUCGAGUUCCCUCAGCCGCUGCCUGUGUGUGGUGACAUCAAAGUAGAGUUCUUCCACAAACAGAACAAGAUGCUAAAAAAGGACAAAAUGUUUCACUUUUGGGUAAAUACAUUCUUCAUACCAGGACCAGAGGAAACCUCAGAAAAAGUAGAAAAUGGAAGUCUAUGUGAUCAAGAAAUUGAUAGUAUUUGCAGUAUAGAGCGUGCAGAUAAUGACAAGGAAUAUCUAGUACUCACUUUAACAAAAAAUGAUCUCGACAAAGCAAAUAAAGACAAGGCCAACCGAUACUUUUCUCCAAAUUUUAAGGUGAAGCUGUACUUCACAAAAACAGUAGAGGAGCCAUCAAAUCCAGAGGCUAGCAGUUCAACUUCUGUAACACCAGAUGUUAGUGACAAUGAACCUGAUCAUUAUAGAUAUUCUGACACCACUGACUCUGAUCCAGAGAAUGAACCUUUUGAUGAAGAUCAGCAUACACAAAUUACAAAAGUCUGAAUUUUUUUUUUUUAUCAAGAGGGAUAAAACACCAUGAAAACAAACUUGAAUAAACUGAAAUUGGACCUUUUUUUUUUAAUGGCAAUAGGACAUUGUGUCAGAUUACCAGUUAAUAGGAACAAUUCUCUUUUCCUGACCAAUCUUGUUUUACCCUAUACAUCCACAGGGUUUUGACACUUGUUGUCCAGUUGAAAAAAGGUUGUGUAGCUGUGUCAUGUAUAUACCUUUUUGUGUCAAAAGGACAUUUAAAAUUCAAUUAGGAUAAAUAAAGAUGGCACUUUCCCAUUUUAUUCCAGUUUUAUAAAAAGUGGAGACAGACUGAUGUGUAUACGUAGGAAUUUCUCAUUUUGUGUUCUGUCACCAACUGAAGUGGCUAAAGAGUUUUGUGACAUACAGGUUCACAUCCUACCCCUCUGCACUUGUGGCAACAGAGAAGUUUGCAGUUGGCUAAGAGGAGUUUCUCGAGGGUUCCGCUACAUUCUCAUGCAUGUGUUCGGGUCGGGGAUGGAGGGAGUGCUCAGAAAGGGAUGGGUUUCACGCUGGACUCUGGACCGUAUGCCGUCUCCAGCUAUUUCCACGCACCUUUCUUUAGCAUGCUACAGUUAUUAAUCUGGACGUUUGAGGAAUUGGCCGCUGUCACUGCUUGUUGUUUUGUGCAUUUUUUUUUUUUUUUAAGCAUAUUGGUGCUAGAAAAGGCAGCUAGAGGGAGUGAAUCUGUAUUGGGGUACAGGAAUGAACCUUCCACAACUUGUUAAGAAUCCACAAAUGAAGGGAUAUAAAAAUAAUGUGGUCAUAGAUAAGAAACACAGCAACAAUGACUUAACCAUAUAAAUGUGGAGGCUAUCAACACAGAAUGGGCUUGAAACAUUUUAAAAAUUGACAAUGACUUAUUAAAUAUGUUUUCUCACUUGUAGUGACCGCUCCAUCUCCUGUGUAAUCAAGGCCAGUGCGAAAAGUCAGAUGCUAUUAGUACCUACAUCAGUCGACUGCAUACACUUACGUUAUUAGUUUUCAAUCAUAUACCUGCUGUGGAUGCUUCAUGUGCUGCCUGCAAGCUGCUUUUUUUCUCAUUGAAUAUAAAAUAUUUUGUAAUGCUGCACAGGAAAUUUCAAUUUGAGAUUCUACAGUAAGCGUUUUUUUUCUUUAAAGAUUUAUGAUGCACUUAUUCAAUCCGAUAGCUGUCAGCCGUCCCACCCUUUUGACCUUACACAUUCUAUUACAAUGAGUUUUGCAGUUUUGCACAUUUUUUAAAUGUCAUUAACUGUUAGGGAAUUUUACUUGAAUACUGAAUACAUAUAAUGUUUAUAUUUAAAAGGACAUUAUUUGUGUUAAAAAGGAAAUUAGAGUUGCAGUAAAUUUUCAACACUGCACAAAUAAUAAGGCAUUUACUUCUUCAGUAGAAAUUGUCCCACAUAAUGCUUUUAUCGAUUUUUAUUGAAAGAAUAGAUUUUUUUUUUUUUUUUUAAUGUGCAGUGUUGAAUCGUUUCUUCAUAGUGCUAGAGUUAGGACUAGGGCUUCAAUUUCACUUCUUAAAUAUCAUAUAUUUGAUAUGCCCAGACUGCAUAUGAUUUUAAGCAGAAUACAACUACUAUUGUAAAGCUAAUGUGAAGAUGUUAUUAAAAAGAAGUCCCCCCGCCCCCGAAAUUUGGUGUCUUUCAAAUUCUACCCUGACCUUGAAACAUUGAAAUAUCCAGCCAAUUGAUUUCUUAAUGGUGUAAAAUCUCAUUUUCAAUAACUUCUUGGUGCUGAAAUUGUUCACUAGCUGUGGUCUGACCCUAGUUAAUUUACAAAUACAGAUUGCAUUAGGACCUAUUAGAGCAGCAUUUUUAGAGUUUGAUGGUGAACAGAUUAGGCAGAACUUCAUCAAAAAUAUUCUUGGUAUAUAUAAUGUUGACAUGUUUUCCAUACCUCAUCAGUUUCAUUCAACAAAUAAAAAAUUUUUAAAUUUUUAACAAAGCUCUUAGGAUUUACACAUUUGUAUUGAAACAUUGAUAUACAGAGAACUGAUUGCUCACCAGUUAAAUUGGUAAAGUUAGAGACAACUGUUGCUAAGAUCUCAGCAUUGAAAUUUAUAUGCCACCUUUUCUUUCGUAAAAGCUGAAAAUUGUUGACUAAAAUGAAAAUCAACUAUUCAUGUUUUGAUGAUAGUUAUUAAUACUGUUAUUUGUUACACUUUUGGGCACAGUAUAUAUUAAAACAUAACUUGUGUUGUUCCAAUAUGUAACACGGAGGGCCAGGUCAUAAAUAAUGACGUUAUAAUGGGCUUUUGCACUGUUAUUAUCUUUCCUUUGGAAUGUGAAGGUCUGAAUGAGGGUUUUGAUUUUGAAUGUUUCAAUGUUUUUGAGAAGCCUUGCUUACAUUUUAUGGUGUAGUCAUUGGAAAUGGAAAAAUGGCAUUAUAUAUAUAUAUAUUAUAUAUAUAAAUAUAUAUUAUACAUACUACUCCCCUUUAUUUCAGUUACCAUCCCCAUAGAAUUUGACAAGAAUUGCUAUGACUGAAAGGUUUUUGAGUCCUAAUUAAAACUUUAUUUAUGACAGUAUUCAUAAUUAGCCUGAAAUGCAUUCUGUAGGUAAUCUCUUUGAGUUUCUGGAAUGUUUUCUUACUUAGACUCUUUGGAUGUGCAGCCGCUUACAUGUCUGAAGUUACUUGAAGGCAUCACUUUUAAGAAAGCUUACAAUUGGGCCCUGUACCAUCACAAGUCCUCUGUAGCUCCUCUUGAACAUUUUUUUUUUGCCAUAAUUAUUAAGGCGUAGUUGAAGAAAUAGCAUCACCAUUCUUUGCUGUGGCACAGGUUAUAAACUUAAGUGGAGUUUACCGGCAGCAUCAGAUGUUUCAGCUUUAAAAAGUAAAAGUAGGGUACAAGUUACAUGUUUAGUUCUAGAAAAUUUGUGCAAUAUGUUCAUAACGAUGGCUGUGGUUGCCACAAAGUGCCUCGUUUACCUUUAAAUACUGUCAAUGUGUCGUGCAUGCGGACGGAGGGGUGGAACUGUGCACCGGAGGGCUCGAACUGCAGUGUCUGGCCCAGCUGCCUUCUACCCUGCCAGUUCAGAAGUUCAAUCUGUUUUCAUAUCGAUUAUAUAUACUAAAAAAUUUCAGUCUGUUAAACAGCCUCACUCUGAUUCAGCCUCUUCAGAUACUCUUGUGCUGUGCAGCAGUGGCUCUGUGUGUAAAUGCUAUGCACUGAGGAUACACAAAAAAAUACGAUGUGUACAGGAUAAUGCCUCAUACCAAUCAGAUGUCCAUUUGUUAUUGUGUUUGUUAACAACCCUUUAUCUCUUAGUGUUAUAAACUCCACUUAAAACUGAUUAAAGUCUCAUUCUUGUCA